GCCAUCCUUUAAGCCUAUCAUCUAUCACGACAUUGAUGCAGAAAUUGAUGGAGCCCAUGAGAAUGCACUAGUGAAGCGUUCUUAUCUCCUUUGGAAACUUUAUGCUAUUACUCUGGUUGCAAACCUUGUGGCUGUAAUCGGUUUGGCAACGACUGGAAUAUGGGGAUCAAUGAUCGUUGCGAUUCUUCUUUCGAUUCUUUAUCUUUUGAUAUUGCCAGUAAUCGACUUUGUCGGACGUCACUGGAAUUUAUAUCGUGGAAUUAGAUCAGAAUCCCCAACGUUAAUACGCUUUUUCUUUCUAGCACAAGCGUUAUUCAUCUUCUUUGAUAUCUUCAUCGGAAUCGGAGUGUUCGCUGGUGGUGGUGGUGGUCUAAUCGCUAUGUCCGAAUGUUUCAAACACUCGAAAUAUGUUGCCGGUGUGUUGAGUGCUAUUUGUGUUGCGCUUGUGUUCUCACUGGCUGGACUUAACAUUACGCUGUUUAUUUCUGUCUACAAGAUGUUCAAAAAUAAGGGAUGGUCCUUGUUUCCUGGCAAGAGCUAA